UGCUAGAGAUGUGACUGGUUGCUUUGUAUGUCAAUCCCGCUAAGCACACUGCCACAGCAGGUCAGAAAGCACCGUCCAUGUACAGUGCAAGAGCAGCAGUGUCCAGUUGUGCAGAAUAUAUUGCACCCAGCCGAAACACUACAUGUGUCAAGAAUAACAGCCAUGUCGUUGUUGGAUCAUUUGAAUGAACGUCAUUUAUUAGUGAAAUAUACCACCAAGAAUGAAAUGAAGAAGGAGGCAAAUGAUGAAGAAAGCAUUAGAAAGGAGGAUCAGUGCAACUCUGUGGAAGGGUUAAAAGAGAACUGGCAGAAAUGGGCUAACAAUCACGCAGAGUAUCAGAAACACAAUCCCUUCAGUAACAAUAGGACCAUGACUGUGCAAUUCCAUAAAGGAGAGGAAGGCUACGGAAGACCCAGAGAGGGAUCAAGAACACAGCAAAGUGGGCACAGAGCACAAGCUCACCUUGAGAAGGAGGUGGACGAACUGUGUAUGAUCAUUAAAAGCAUUGGAGAAGCAGGAGGGGAUGGGCAAACCAGGGUGGCAUUUGGGCCUUUGUUUGAGAGAUAUGUGGCCAUUUCUAAUAAACUUGUAGGGGUACUCCUGAGGGCCAGAAAGCAUGGGCGGAUUUCCUUUGAGGGGGAGAUGCUGUGGCAGAGAAGAGAUGAUGAUGUGAUUAUUACAUUGCUGGAAUGAAAUACUUUUAUUCAAUAGCAUUGUAGGUGGUAAAGCAAUCAAAGUCAUAGGCAUCCAGAUUUUUCAUUAUAACACGUUAAUUAACAUGGGAGUAGACAGAUCCCAGUCUUAACUCACAUAGAGCACACCUGAAAAAACACUGUCAAUAUGAUUUAAGGGAUAGGUGGGCAAUCCUGGCCCUUCCAGUUCAGUUCUUUGUGCAAAUCAUAUUCUUAGCUGUUUCAUUGAAUCAAUUCAGCAUCCGCCCAGGUCCUAAAGAGGUUAAUUAUCCCAUUAUACCUGCUUGGAGUACAAUUACCCACCAGGACUGGAGUUGACCUCUUCUGUUUUAUCGUCACUGUGGUUAGACAAGACAACGCUAGUCUGCAUUGUUUAUAUUCAAGAACGUUUAAUGAUCAUUGUUCUGUAGAAACAUGUGCAUCUCGCUAACAGAACUGUCAGCCCUCUACAGAGUCUGCCAUCCCAUUGUGAUUGAAACAGACUUACAAAAGGUGCAUCUUGUGUAUAAUUGAAUGCACAUUAGGGAUGCAAAUUAAGUUAUGUGGAGUACAGCCCAUUUAUACAAUAGUGUGUGCGUCAUAUUGCAGGUACACCCCUCUCCCAAACGUACCUGUUUUGGAGCAGCAAAGCUCCAAAGAUGAAUCCAAAAAAAGUUUUUUCUACGGUGCACAAUAUUUAUAAACUAGUUUUAGUCCUUUUUUUUUUUUAAAUCAGACAUUUCACUUAGGUCCUGGCCAAUGGGAGUGUUUUGAGAAUCAAAAAACGUUUAUUUUCUGAUUAUGCAUCUGUAAAAAGAUUUCAUAGAAAAAUAGUGGGGGGGAAAUCAGAAGAAAACAUCCUUUCCAACAACAUUGCAGCAUUUUAUACAGCAUUUGUAGUUUGUUUUUUUACACUGUAUUCAAUAAAUUGCCAAAUCAAUAGUUUGUAUUUUAAUGUAGUGUUACAUUAUUUGCUAAGGUAUUAGCCUCAGUUGCCAUUAAAAUUAUGUAUUUAAUUUAUUUUUUAAUUUGUUGUAAACUUAUGUGAAGCUAUUUGAUCAAUCUAGAGUUUGUAUGUGUGUUUUUUUAAUUCACACAUGUAAAAUCAGCAUAAUAAAAUCAGUUUUAUAAAUUACAGGCCAAUGACUUUGUGAAGCUGUGUUGUAAUUAUUUUUAUUACAUAUUACUA